AGGAGGGGGGGAGGGUAGCCGGCUGCUCUACCAACCACACGCCGGUGAGCGAUGCCCCCGAGUGGUGCAGGGGUGUCGUGGUGACUGGGCAGAGCCCGACACCGUUACGCUACGGCCUUGGCAGUGAUGGUGCUGAAGCCGUAGCUGGCCUGACUGUGGAUCAAUAUGGCAUGCUGUACAAAGUGGCUGUGCCUCCAGCCACCUUCUCUCCCACUGGCCUCCACCCAGUUGUGAACAUGAGUCCUCUGCCCCCGAGCUUUAAUGUAACCUCUUCCCUGAUCCAGCAUCCAGGGAUUCCAUAUCCUCCCAUCCACUAUGCUCAGAUUCCCUCUACAUCGCUGCAGUUCAUAGGGUCCCACUACACAGUGCCCUAUGCUGUCCCCCCCAGCUUCCUCCCUAGCCCUCUUCUAUCCCCAUCUGCCAGCCUCCCCACCUCCCAUGUUCCCCGCUUUGUGCCAUAUGCCUCUCUCUUGGCAGAGGAAAGCCCUCCUUCCCCACAGACUACCUCUCCUGCCCACACUUUCAGCAAAGCUGCCUCUGCCCUCUCCCCUCCCGGCCACAUGCAGCACCAUGCUGGAGUCCAGCCGCUGGACAUCACACAGAGCAGAGUUCCUGUCUAUUACCAGAUGUCUCGGCUCCCACCAGGCUAUUCACCAUACGAGACCUCCGCUGUGGAGGGGAGCCCAGAGCCGCCUCUGCAAGAGAGUCCCCUGAGCUCAGAGGUCGCCUCUGCCAAUGGGGGACAGGGACAUCUGGAGCCCAGUGUGGUGAGGAGGACCAGUGAGGCAUUGGCCUCUGCCAGCAAUAAAGCUGCCGGCCCGCUUCCGGGGGCUGCAGUGCAGUGUGUGGUGGACGGGCAGCUCCUUUCUGGUUAUCAGACUCGGAGGACAGAGGACUCUGUGCCGGCUCACAGAAACACGCCAGACACGGACUUGGAGGUGCAGAGAGUGGUUGGCGUGCUGGCGGCUCAGGAUUACUCCAUUCUGACCGCCCGGAGGAAGGAUGGCCCGAGCCCCUUGAACCUCUGCCAUACUGUCCCUGGUCAGCAGGGGGAGCCACGGGGCUUGCUGAGAGAGCCAGUGGAAACAGCUGAGAAAAGUCAGGCCAGGUGUCCAUACGUGGUGGCCCCUGAGGAGCUAGGGAGAGACAGGCUGUUACCCAAAGGAAUGGUGAUAGCCAAUGGCAGGCCAGUCUUGGUGCGUAUUGGCUCUGAGCCCAUCAGGUCUUCUGCUUCAGAACCCCUGAUGAGCCAGAGUCCAGAUGCACAGGCUUGCGGAAGCUCCCGGGGCAAGGACUCAGCCCCGUUGCAGCCCCCCAGCGCCUCAAAUCUGCCCUCCCAUUUCAUGAAAGGAGCCAUCAUCCAGCUGGCCACAGGGGAGCUGAAGAGGGUGGAAGACCUGCAGACACAGGACUUUGUGCGGAGCGCGGAGGUGAGCGGGGGCCUGAAGAUUGACUCCAGCACAGUGGUGGAUAUCCAGGAGAGCCAGUGGCCCGGGUUUGUCACCUUGCAUUUUGUGGUUGGGGAGCAGCAGAGUAAAGUGAGCAUUGACGUCCCCCCCGAGCAUCCCUUCUUCGUGUAUGGCCAGGGCUGGUCCUCUUGUAGCCCAGGGCGGGCCGCUCAGCUCUUUGCUCUGCCGUGUCACAGGCUGCAGUCUCCACCUUCCCAAGCAUGGCUGCCUGCUGCUAUUAGGUGCGAUUUUUAUACUGCCUCCCUGAAUAGCGUGGGGUCACCUUCAGCUGCUGAACAGUCCCUACACCGUUCGUCUUCCUCCCCAGCAGUCACUGUUCUGCUGAGCCUGCUGUAGCCGUAGCCACUAACAGAUCUGUGUCCACAUUCCCCUGGACGUGCCCCCGAGCAAGUUGGCACUGGCACAUGUGCACUUUGUGGAACUCGGCGAGGCAGUAAGAAGGGUAGAGGCUCUGCAGAAUGUUCCUUCACCUGGCACCUCUGCCCGUGUCCCUAGAACACCCCAUGCCUGCCCUUGUGUCUCUCCCCAAGGCAAGCAGGUGCUUUCCCUGCCUUGCUCCUGAGUUGGGCUGAUGUCCGGAAGGUGCCCUAGACCUGCGGCAGUGUAGCCUCACCCAAGGCCCCCCAGAGCACAGAUCCAAGCUGUCUUCCCUUUUCUCUGGGCCCUGGCUGUACAGGCUGCAGCUCCCUCUGACCAAUAUGCCUAAAACCAAAAGAACACUUUCUUCCUGGGAAACUUUGGCUUCCCUUGGCGGCAGCGACAGAGAGGACCGGUGUUCGCACAGCACCUUUGGGCUGUGACACAGAUGGGCCACUCCUCAGGUGCUGGGCUUCUCAUCACACUUCUUCCCUGGCAUUUCACUUACAUGUCACCCUCUUGAGUCUCCUGCAGGAAAAUCCUGGUGGUGACACUGGCUU